ACGUGUGCAGUCUACUUUCAAACACAGCAACGCCUCAACGGCUUCACAUCUAAUCCAGCGAAGAGGGGUUUCAGUUGUCGCGCUGGCUCCGGGCAGCUUUAGCUUGAACACAGCGGCGGUGGAUACGGUUCUUUGUUUGCUCGUGUUGACGGUAACGCGCAUGCGUGCUCGCACUCUUCCUUGAUUUCACAGGUGCGCUCGGCAGCUCGGGAGGACGCGCUGCAGGUAGAGGUCCAGCCUCCGCCGCCGCCUUACCGGGAAUAACGUUACCGAAAGUCAAACAAAUACCCAGAACGUCUUUCUUUACUCUGUAGUAAAGGUUUCUUUGUUCAUAUUGAAGUAACGUUCGCGCAAUGAAUGCCCUCUUCUUGAACAGCAGCAGCACGAUGAUAUGACAGAUGCUACAGCAGGGAGCACGGUUGACAUGGAGGACUUCUUCAAAACGGUGGGGGAGGUGAGAAGCCUUAUUGAAAACCUCUCCUGCCAAGCAGAUAAGGUGGAGGGACGACAGGGGGCUCACCUUUCCACUCCAAACCUAGACAAGAGACAGAGAGACGACCUGAAGCUGCUGAACGACGAGACCAAGAACAACGCCAACCUGGUCCGAGCCAAGUUAAAAUCAAUGCAGGAGAACUUUCCUGUGGAGGAGAACGGUGAACAAGCCUCAGUAAUUCAGCGUAUUCAGAAGAACCAGCACUCCCACCUGACUCGGUGCUUUGCUGAAGUCAUGAGGGGCUACCAUAAGGCGCAGAUCUCCUUCAGAGAGAAAUGCAAAGCACAGAUCCAGAGACAGCUGGAGAUUGUGGAUAAAGUGACAACAGAUGAAGACUUGGAGGAGAUGCUGCACCGGGACGAUCUCGCCAUCUUCAUAUGUGACAUCAACUCUGACGCUCUGAGCGAGAUUGAGUCUCGUCAUCAGGACAUAAUUUGCCUCGAGUCCAGCAUCAAAGAGCUGCACGAGAUAUUUGCCGACACUGCCGUGCUGUUGGAGGUUCAGGGAGACUUGAUCAACAAUAUAGAAAAGAAUGUGACGAGUGCUGCAGAGUAUGUGGACGUGUCCAAAGCUAAAACCUCUGAAGCAGUCGCAUACAAGAAAAACCGACACAAGAUAGCAUCUCUCCCGAGCUUCUUCAAGUCUUUCAAGAGGAAAACCACUGCUAAAACUGCUCCUGAUCAAAACGCCUCUCAUUUAAACCUCGAUUGAGCUCCCGAACCUGCUGAAUUCUGACGGCACCAAACAUCCUGAUCGACAUCAAAGCCGUGCUCGACGGAACACACUUUUCGGUACAGUGCCUGUCUGCCAACUUGAAGGAUAACGAGGUCCUUGUUUGAUCUGUUGUGAUAACAAGUGUCAAAUGAAGGUGACGAGACACUGAGACAGUUUCUGAGGCUACCUGCGGACUGUCGAAAGGACAAAUUAACUAUUUGCAAUGGUUACAUACUCUAAAUCAUUUAGUUUUCAACUCAUGCCAGAAUUGCUCCAUUUCUAUCAUAAUACAAAACACACACACUCUAACCCAAGCUAUACUUUUAGACACAACAUCUUCUGGAUUGAUUUAUUCAUUAAUUCACUCACUCAAAGUUAAUGUUCCCCUUUGUGGCCAGCAGGUGGCGAGACAACAUCAGGUAGAACUCUGAACCAGGAUGUGUUUUACCAAUGUGCCGUUUAAUAUUCUGAAAGAAAUGUCAAUUAUCUUGCUGUGAGACUAUUGCAAUCCUAAAAUAAAGUGUGGUGAAUGCUACAGUA